ACGAGAGUGGGCGCCUUGUGGGCAAAAGUAUCUAUCUGUCUAUCUUGUAUAAUUCGCAAUACAAUUGAAUUUAUUUUGCGUUUGCUUAUUUUGUAAACUAUUGAGGCAUAUCAACGUUUCGAUACUUUUUUGACUGCCUCAUUGUCAAAUGCGAAUCGUCUGCACUGCGAGUAUAACGCGCGGUUUAACAGCACAAUACAACACGCAACAAAAUCCUAAAGAAAAUCACAACCGGAAGUGCCAACUAUGUACUAAAACUUUAGUCCCUAGGGCAAAAAUAUAAAACACAAAAAAAAAAAGAAAGAAAAGUACAAUCAAAUAUGUAUACGAAAAAUCAAUAAAUGGAUAUAUAUGUUUAAAUAUUCUAAAAAUUAUAAAAGUAUUAUUUAAUAAAAAUAUUCACCACUGGUGUAGCACUUCAGUAAAAUAUUAAAUUAAUGCUUAAUCACAAAAUUAAAAGAGAAAUUUAUAAUUGUGUAAAUAAAAAUAAAAUAAUUGUGUAAAUUAAAUUCAUCUUCUAGUUAAAGAUCGCGUGUCUUUAUGUGUAAACUUAUAACUAAGAAACCAAAAUAAUAAUAACAACAAACAAUUUUGUUCUUGUAAUGGGAAUAAGUGUUCGACCAACCUUUAUCUAAAAAGAAUCUCUCAUUCCUCACCACCACCUAUUUAAUGAGUCUCUUUAUGGCAAUUGAAUUGGUGUUUGUGCCAUAAAACCAAAACAUUUCAUUUAAUUAAAUCUUUUCCGACUACUUUUACAACGACUGCUUCUUACUUUUUAUGGAUUUUUUCCAAUUUGGCUUAAAUGGUCAUCGAUGCAAAGAUCUCCAUAGUGUGAAUCCUGUAGAAAAAUGUGUAUAACAAAUCAACUGUGAUAAAAUUCAUUCCUUGGCCAAGAGAUUUUUAAAAUUACAGAUUACACUUUAAAUCAAGGACACUGACUAAAGCGGCAAACUGUCGACAUUAUCAAUUAGAAACUUUUCGGCAAACAUGCUGAACAAUCUGGGAGCCAAUGUUUUGGGUCCCAAAGAUUGUGAUAUACCAAAAGCCGCCCUGUCUGCACUACAUGCCGGUGUCAAUAGUUUCGGACAUAUAUCAAAUGGUCCGCCCAACAAUAAUGACAUCUCAUUGAAUGGUGGUGGUGGCGUUAGUGGUCGUUUACAUGUUUCCAGUAAUUUAUGCGAUACGCAAAAUUCACUUGGUAACAAUAAUAACAAUAACACUAAUAACAAUAAUAAUAACAACAACACUAUGCAACAGCAAGAUCAGAAUUCGGAUAAAAAUAAUAAACAGAAACGCCAUCGAACGCGUUUCACACCGGCACAAUUAAAUGAACUGGAAAGAUGUUUUUCGAAAACUCACUAUCCCGACAUAUUUAUGCGGGAAGAAAUUGCAAUGCGAAUUGGAUUGACGGAAUCAAGAGUACAGGUUUGGUUUCAAAAUCGUCGUGCCAAAUGGAAGAAACGCAAGAAGACCACCAAUGUAUUCCGAACACCAGGCGCUUUACUGCCUUCCCAUGGUUUACCUCCUUUCGGCGCCAACAUCACAAACAUUGCAAUGGGAGAAGGCUUGUGUGGAACAGGCAUGUUUGGCGGUGAUCGUUGGAGUGUGGGUGUCAAUCCAAUGACAGCAGGUUUUGGUCAACUAAAUCAAUCUUCUUCGCUUUCAAGUUCAUUAAAUAGUGGUUUAAAUUCUGGUAUUAAUUUAGGUUCCGCUAUGGGUGCUGGUAGUUAUCAACAUUAUGGAUUAAAUGCUUUAGGCGAUUCAAUGAUGUACCAACAUAGUGUUGGUGGCGUUGGUUGUGGAGGUAAUGGUUCACCAACAGCCACAACCCCUCCGAAUAUGAACUCAUGUUCUUCGGUUACACCGCCUCUAACAAACCAACCGAAUCCUAGUCAAAAUGAACUCAAUGGUGAUAUGAGUGCACAACCUCAUCAUCAACAACAACCUCCACCGUCACAACAAACUUCUCAACAACAGCAAAAUCACCAACAAACUCAAAAUCAUCAUCAACCACCACCACAGCAGCAACAACAGCAAACACAACACUCUGAUUCCAAUGCAAGUAACAAUAACCAGGCACACCAGCAGCAGCAGCAGCAACAACAACAGCAACAGCAGCAACAACUCUUACCCCAUUGUCAUCAAUCCAUGCAAUCGCCGACAGAUGGCUCUAACGAGGACGAUGUAUGGCGUGGUCAUAGCAUAGCUGCCUUGCGUCGGAGAGCUUCAGAACUGAAUGCCACAACGGGAAUACCAUCAUACUUGCACCAUGCGGCUGCUGCUCACAACAGUUACGAACACCACAAUUCGGUCUACUGAAAUUUGCUAAAAAGCUUUGAAAGCUUUUCUGACUAUGGAUUUCCACAACAGGAUUUUUGAAAAAACUGUAUAAUAAAAGUUGGUCACACAAAAUGGUUGCAGUAGAAAAGCUUUCUAAGCUUUAUGAAUGUUCUAAGAAUGUGCAUUACAGAGUGGCAUACAAAAAUAACAAUUUACUUUACACUUUUAAGUUUCCUAAUUCUAAAUCUUAAUUUUUAACUGUACAAUAAUUGAAAUUAAUUUACGGGCAAUUUGCCCACGCGUAUUUAAUUUUCCAUGUUAAGAAAGAGGAUUUGAUUAUUUUAAUUUUAUUUUUAAAAAACCUCAUACAAAAGUAUUUAAAAUUGUUGGUUCAAUACAGUUUAUUUUUUCAAUAAUUCCAUAUGGCACUGAAAUUAUUUAGUAAAAUGUUUAAUAGUGCAAAAUAGAAAGAUUAUGAAUACUUUUGAAAAUUUUUAAAUUUAUUUUUAUUUUACAAAAUUAUAUUACAUAUCGAACAUUUACUACAAAACUGGAAUAAUUCAAUCCUUUCCAGGAAAACGGUCAUUUUUUUCUGGAAAUAGAUAAAAAUAUAAAUAAGAAAUACUUUAGAAUAGUGUAUAUGUUAUAGUACACAGUUCAAAAAGACCGAAUUUCAUGUUAUAAAACGUGUGUAAUAACGAUUUUCGUAUAGAAAGUAAUUUUUAGUUAUCUGGAAGGGCAGUUUAAAAAUACUUAGGAAAUAGGUCAAGACAACUAUAUGACAAAUAUUUUUUUUAAAUAGGAAAGUCCUAUAAUACAAUUGUAUAAUUGGAUCAACUUGCUGCAACCCCAUUUUUGAUACUUAUUUAAAAAAAAUUGCAUUAUUUAAUUUUAAACUGUAUUGAACUUCGUUAACUAAACAAUUAUUUGUUUUUUCGUUUUUAUUUGUUAAUUUUCAAAGUGUUUUGUUUUUCAGUUUAAACAAAUAUAAAAAUAAAUUAUGUAAAUAAUAUUGAUAUAAGAAAGAAGUAAUUAAAACCAUUUAAAAAUAAUAUUUAAAAAUGCAAUACAAGACUAU